UAAUAAUUCUUUCUUUAAUUGUCCACCAUUUCUCUCAGUCUGUCUGAGUCUCUAUUUCUUGAAAAACCAUGAAAAUGAAAACUGUUGAAUGGCCCAGCUGGACCAAAUUACAAAAACAAAUGAAAAUGUCCUCAAAUGGUGUCCUCCAACCAAACCCACCUCACUUGAUCACCCAUAAAAAAAGAGAAAAGAAAAAUGGCCAGUCUUUCACUCAACCAACAACACCAAUAACUUUGAAACUGUUUAUGAAUGGGUGGGGAGUUCCCACAAAUACCCUUCUGCUGCAAACAAAAAUAAUAAUCCCAUCUUCAUCACUGUCUCUCUAAUUCUAAAAGAAAAAAGAAUUCUUUUUUAUAACCCAAAAUUAUGUGGGCUUCUUUGGGUUUGUCUCGGUCAGAGUUUAUUUCACAGGCUAACCGAGAACCUUCCCAUCUCUCUCUUUCUUCCCUGUUUUCUCUUAUCUCUUUCCUUUUCAUUUUUUCUUUCUUUCACAUCUCUCUCUCUAUUUUCUUUCUUUCUUUUCUCUUUUGUUUCUCUGGUUCUAUUGUUUUUAUUUCUGUUUGAUUGGAUCUGAUGAUGAAGAAGAUGAAAAGGGUUCCCAAUAAUAAUAUGGCUAUGGCCGAGUCUUCUUCUCUUUCUCCAUAUGCUUCUGUUUAUGAGGAUCCCAGGACCAGGCUUAAGUUUCAAAGUCUUUUGCAGGACUUUCACGAGUUGAAUAAGGAAACAGAUUCCCAAAGAAAGCAAUUGCAGAUGAUGAAAGAAAAGAAAUCAACUUUGUCGGCUGAAAUCAGAUUUCUGAGACGACGAUACACGUACUUGAUGCAGAAGAAAUCUCAAAACCCUGAUCCUGAGCCAAAACAUGUUCUGAAACAGAAUUUGGUUAAUGGAAGUAAAAUUGUUAGGAAAGAAAAACGAUCCACUGGCAAUGAUGCUUCUGUGCAACGCUCGGUUUCGGGUUUUGAUUUAAACAGAAAGGGAAAGGUAUAUAGCGAACGAGAACCUACUUUGAGAAGCCCGGCUUUGAACUUUGAUAGAAACCAGAAGCAGAAGUCUUAUAUUCGGAAGGAGGCUACAAUGCGUAAUUCAGCAGCAAUUCCAGACUUGAAUCAAAAAGAAAGGAUUUACAGCGGAAAAGAAGCUGCAGCAGUUAGAAACAACACUCCGAUUUUUGACUUAAACCAAAUUUCGAGAGAGGAAGAAGAACUACAGGCAAACGGUGAGAUGAUGAGAUCAGAAGAACCUAAGAUUUGCUUAAUAAGAGGCGCAAGCGACGAGCAACUCAAUGAUUUGAAGUUAUCAGCCUGUAGAAAUAUCGGAAAUGGAUCGAGUCGGACGGGGAAGAGGAAGAUUUCAUGGCAGGAUCAGGUGGCUUUAAGGGUUUAAUAUUUCUCUAAUUUCAGGUCUAUAUUGUAGCGAGAUUGGAAUAGUUACUGUUGGCUUGUCAUAGAUUACUCUUUAAUUUCAUUAUUUUUCUCUUCUUUGUAAAGGAAGAAUAGUUCAUAUAUUAUAAUCAUAGAUAAAAUUUAUAUA